AGGAGUGAAUCGUUCGUGGUUUCAGGUUCUUCACCAAACUCGAUUCGUCACCAUUAUUGAAGGAGUGUUACUCAUCUCGGUUCACCGAAGACAAGGUUCAUGUCAAAUUAUGUGUUGGGAUGGUCCCGUACAAGUCAGCGUGUGAAGUGCUUUUAUCGUACAAACGCUCUCUGAUGAGCAAUUUAUCAUCCAACCGAAAAGGAUUCAAUUGCCUGGUCCCAAACGGGCUAACUUCUCGGUAGACCCCACAAAAUUGGGUGUUAAGAAGGUUGUGUUUGUUCCGUGGGGCACACGUGUGUGUUUACAAGACUGAUGGCCUGGCCUGGCCGACCCAAAGCUGCCCAGCUCGACGCUAAUCAUACAUGAAUUAUUGAUCCACUCGCCUUAAGCCUAUAUGGAGGAGUGAGGAGUAGCCGCAAGAAUAAACAUUUAAUUGAGUGAUAAUGGGUGCCUGGGCCUAGCCAAUACCUGCUGCGGUACCUAGUGAAUCAAUUUGUCCGGUCCGGUAUCGUCUUUGGAUGUUUGCCAGCCAGUGAAACCAUAACAACGUGACGUAGUUGGUAAAUUGUUUUGUUUUGCUGAUCUGCCAAGCGCAUUUGUUCGGGUAAAUACGAUUUGUAAAUAUUCAUUCUGUACGUGCAAUACCAGUAGAGAGUGAUAUCGUCUAGAAAAGAAUCAGCACCGUUUCAGUGCGAGACAUGUCGCAUCCGCCAAUAGUUUGAGCUUCCAGUAGCUUCCCAUAUCGGAUGGCAGAAUAGCAGCCCUCAGCAGCCUGUCAGAUGCCGACGAAUUACGCAGAUGAUGAAGAUGACGCAGGUGACGAGUGCAAUCAUCAUCAGCAGCAGCAGCAGCAUCCAAACAAUUCGGUCCAGCCUAUUCGAAGCUCGACGACCCGCGAUAACUGAGAAACCGUGAAAAAUAAACCUCAUCUUUCGUCGUCGUUUAGUGCUGCGUUGUGUUUGGUCCAAUUGAUGCUGGGAAGCAGUAAAUUUGAUCCAUCAUCCAACUUACUAUCUCGAAAAACGGGCCAGCCCGCGCUACGAUAACAUAAAACGAGGCAACGCUCAUCGAUAGCUCAUUCCAUUAUCUGGCCCUCUCGAAGCGCUUACUAAUAAAACAAGCGAAGAAGCAAAACUCAGCGGAUAUAAAGCGGGAUAUACAUAGUACAUACCCAUCAUUACUUUUAUUUUACUACCAGACUCAUCGUACAAACAAACAGAAACAGUAACAGCCCAAACGGCUCCAGAUUCCCAGAUUGAUUGAUCCCCGCAAGAGUCACGCGCGCGACAUUUUAGCGCCAUUCAUUGACGAAAGCCCAGAUUAGGAAGAAGGCAUCGGGAAAUCGUUUCGCUGAAUUGACCUUGAUCUGGGCGGCCUGCGACGCUGCUAGGUCGUCUUCGAAGGUCCAAAUGUUAAACAAGGCACAAAAAUUGAUCCUAGGGAUUGUACUGCUGGUGCUCGUUGACAUUAUCUGGGUGGGCUCUAGCGAGCUGACUAAGUUUUUGUACGAAAAUGAAGACUACGACAAGCCGUUCUUCUGUACCUAUUUCAAGUCCUCUAUGUUUACAAUUUACCUGGUGUUCCUGGGGCUUAUUGCGCCGUGGAAGGAAAGCUGCUCCCGGAAUGGAAACUAUGCGUUGAUGGAAACUGCAGAGGAAGAUGAUGCAUUCUAUGGAAAUGGAAAUUCAAGACUGAGUGAUUCCUCCUUCAUCCCGAUCAAGACGGAAUCGCAGGUAUCGGGCACCGAGAGCGACGAUUCCAGUAUACGAAGUGUGCGCUUCAGCAAAGUGGCCGAGGUGCGCGAAAUGUCUCCCCACGAGGCGUCGGAUGCACUGAUGUCCCGCCUUUCCUAUGCGGCCAGCCUCCGGGUACGCCGCCAAAAGUCUCACCACAAAACGGCGAGGACCGCGUUAAUGUUUUCGAUAUUGUGGUUCAUCGCAAACUACAUGUUCCAGCUGGCUCUGGAACCAAGUGAAACGGCUAUGGUGACGUUGCUGAGUUCGACGUCCAGCUUCUUCACUUUAAUCCUGGCUGCCAUGUUUCCGUCUUCCUGCGGGGACAAACUGACGGUGUCCAAGAUGUUUGCAGUACUUUUAAGUAUUUCUGGAGCUGUGAUGGUGUCCCUGUCGGAGAUCACGGAACCCAAAAUGACCCGUGGGAUUGUGCUGGCCAUCAUGAGCGCCUUCUUCUACGCCUCGUAUCUGGUGCUAGUCAAGCGGAAAAGUGACACCGAGGAGAAGAUCAACAUCCCGCUGUUUUUCGGCUUCGUAGGGAUGUGGAAUUUGUUGCUGCUGUGGCCGCUGCUGUUUGUGCUUAACUUCUCGCAGCUGGAAGUGUUUGAGCUUCCAUCGAGGAGACAGUUUAUGGUGCUGUUUCUGAACGGCCUGGUUGGAACGGUGCUCUCUGAGGCGCUGUGGUUGUGGGGCUGCUUCCUGACGUCCUCCCUCAUCGGAACGGUAGCCAUCACCCUUCAAAUCCCGCUGGCCAUGGUUCUGGACAUGGUACUCCACGGCAAAACGUACCCACUGCUAUUCUACCUCGGCUCCCUGCCGAUGUUCCUGUCGCUGCUGAUGGUGGCCUUCCUGAUGAAGUUCGACGAUUGCGAUCCGCUGAUGAAGUUCUUCAAGCUGGUCUACCGGAGGGUGCGACACUGCCGGAAACCGAACAUCGUCCGGAUACCGGAUCUGGAAGAGCAAACCGAAUCGCUCAUUGACGAUAGUCACGAGCAUUGAGCUCUCGGUGGUCCGGGUUAUACGAUAGAAGAUUGUGUAAAGAGAUCUCCAUGUAGGUAAUAGACAGAAAGUCCUUGAGGUUAAAACGAUUUUGAAUUAAGGAAUUGUGGAAGCCGUUGCGGAAUUUUAUCGUUUAACCGUUUGUGAAGCUGUGCUUUGUAUCAAGUUUUCGAUUAUAAGUAUCACAAGUAUUUUAAUAUUCUAAAGAUGUAUGGACGAAGUAAAAUUUUCCUUGGCAUAAAUACCUUUUUUUCUUAACAACUAUUUGACAUUCUGGAUCUAUCCUUAGCAGUGAAUCUCCUUUCUCCAUAAUACUAAUUGAAUUUAGUCAAAUUUCAUUUUUAUCCUUUAACCUUUUCAGUCAUUUCGAAGCAUUAGUUCAUAGUUUUUCAAUUUUAACUAGCACAAUUCCGCAAAAAUUUAGUUUAUAGUUCAGCAAAGUCAACGUAAAAAAAAUUUUUUUCAUAAAAAAAACGCGAUAAGUUGUAAACAGGGCACAAAGGAAGACAGCGCAAGGCAAAAUGUGAAUAUCCAUUGUAUAUUCUGUACUAUAAAACUCUUGAAUCCUCUUUUCGGUGAAAUGGCGCCAUUCGAACACGAGUUCUUUCGAUCAGUUUCUUGAGAAAAAUCUCCCCCUAGUACACUUAUUAAACGAUGCACCUUAACGUCCACACCUUCAAGUAGCAAAUAUAUUGAAAGUUUACUGUAACUGUGUAGAGCGGAGGGCAAAAUUCAUCCACUUUCCUUCAAAUUGUCAGUAUCUGUAACCUUUUAGAAUGUAUUAAAACAAAUCGUAAUCCUAACAACAAGUGCGUUGCACAUUAACAAAACGGCACAACAAACAUUCACCAUGCAUCAGAAAACCAACUCACUCUGACACAUUCCUUCUUCACCGGUCAUCAAAUAGAAUAGGUUCAGAGAAUGAUUGAAAAUCUAAUUUGUGAUAACGUAGUUAAGAUUUACUUGAUAAUAUAAGACACACACACACACACAUUCACGAACACAUUCACAGAUACCUUCUUUACAACCACAAUACCAGCUGUAGGGUUUAGAGAGCAUUUAGUGAACCGUUUUACCCGUUCUAGCAAAAACAGAAAAAGGAAAAAAAUAAUAAAACAUUACCCCUUACAAACUACAGUCUUAACAACACACAAAGUAAAGUUCACUGAGCUCGUGACACAAAACUGGAACUGGACGAGACGGUUAGCAGUGGAACGUUUUUAAAUAAAGAAAAAAAAGUAUAAUCAAACCACAACCUAACUAUUGGCAGAGCAAAAUUGCAAACAAAAACAACAACAAAAAUCACCCAAAGUGUGUCUCUCACUAUUAUAUACAUACAAGUAAAGACUAAAUGGAAGAAAAAGACGAUUUUCAAACUAGUAAACAGAGGACGAUUAUAAUCGUGAAAGUUA